ACUCGCUGACAGCCAGCAGCGCUGCACCUCCGGGCUGGCCCCCCGUGGCCUUAUUAUGGUCCAUACGUGCGUGGUGGCCGGCUGCAGGAACAGAAGAACCCCCGGCUCCACCCUUUCGUUCUACCGGUUCCCGCGGGACCCCGAGAGGAAGAGGCGCUGGAUUGCCGCGGUGAACCGCCGCGGGUGGGAGCCAAACGACGGCAGCAGGCUGUGUAGCACUCACUUCAUCUCAGGGAAACAGGUGAAGAAUCCUCGCUCUCCAGAUUAUGUCCCCUCAGUCUUUGUAGCAGCUUCAGUGUCUCCAGAAAUGAAGGAGCCCACUGCCACUGAAAUAGCAGACAAACAAGAGGCACGUGUGGAGGCAGCGAACGCCUUAUUAGUCCUUCAGGGUCAGGGCAGGUCGGUGGUGGUGAGUCAGUAUGAGCAGUGUGAGGUGACUCCAAAGGUGGCAGUGGAGGGGAGUACCUCCUCAUACUUCGGCAUGGAGGAAAAGCACGAUGAGGACGAGGCGGUGAGAGAUGGCAAGAAAGGGAAGUGUUCUCAGGAGCAAACUAUACCUUUCACUGAUAUCCUGAAGGCUUUGAAGAAGGAGAACCAGGCUCUCCGGGAGUCUGUGGACAAAAUGACCCUCUCUGAGAACUCUUUGAAAAAUGAUGCAGAGAAAGUGAAGUUCUACACUGGCUUACCCAACUUCUUUGUCCUGGAGACGGUCAUGUGGCUGCUGGCUCCGCAUAUGGACAGUGUGAAAAACAUGAAACUGUCAAAGUUCCAGCAGCUGCUGCUGACACUAAUGCGCCUCCGCCUGGACCUCCGAAACCAGGACCUGGCUUAUCGCUUCGGGGUGAAAGUUGGGGUGAUCACUAAAACGGUUCAUCGGAUGGUUAACAUCAUGUCUUCCACCCUGGUGCCCACAGCAGUUUUCUGGCCCUCCCGAGCAGAGCUCCGUAAAAACCUCCCUUCGGCACUGAAGGACUCCUACCCAGACUGUGCCGUCAUUGUCGACUGCUUCAUGGUGCCUUUUGAGGAGCCCUUUCCCAGCUGCAACGAGGACCUGACGGCUGUGCAAAGCUCCCAGAGACUGGUCGAUAGAUGCAGCGUGUUGAAGUAUCUCAUCGGUGUUGCCCCACAGGGUGUGGUCACCUUUGUUUCCAAAGGCGUGCUGGGAAAUAUUAGCGACAAGAUGCUGGCAGAGAGCUCUGGCUUCAUGUCCAAGCUCCUCCCUGGCGACGUUGUUUUAGCAAUUCGUGAUCUUGACAUUGCAGAGUCUGUGGCUUCCCGUGGAGCUGUGUUUACAGUGAUCAGCAGUGAUUGUAAAGAAGAGCCGCACUGGAGUUCAGAGAAGCACAGCGAUGCUCUGACUGUUUUGGACCAUGUGGAGAAGGUGGUCUUCAUGGUGAAGAGGAGAUAUGCCGUGCUCACAGGUCCUGUGGAAAGUCCCUUCACCUCAGCCACAGAGAAAAUGUCUAACCUCUCUACUUUUGAUAGAAUUGUACAAGUAGCAUGUGCCUUAAAUAAUCUGUGCAUCUCUGCCUCGCCGCUGGAGUGAUGCUGACCGUGACCUUCUGUUCAGCUCAGUGCUACGACGAUGCAUGGAAUUCCCUUUAAGGCACUCAAUCCAUGUUGUGCAAAUGUCGCAGCUUUGACCCGCCUUUGUGGCAGUCUUUUUUAAUCAGGAUCAAAACACAUUCCUUAUGCAUCAUGUCAUCAAAGUAUGCAACUCUUUAGAUAACCUAAUUCAGUGAAGCUAUUGACAACAUUUUUGUCAACCUUGUUUAACUCCUGUUGGCUCAGUUUGCAGGAAUGCUAUGAUGCAAAUAGCUUUGUCUCUUUAGUCUAUGGUUCUGUUAUGUUACUUUUGAACGUUCUCCUGCUGGUCAGCGGUCUGUGCCUAUGAUGAACUGUCUAGGUCCCCAAUGUUGAUGGCUCCAUGUAUGCACAAAUCAGAAAUGAGCAAAAGGAUAUGCUGGCUGUUAGCUUGCAUAUUCUUAAGUCCUGGAAUUUAACAACUACCUCUUUACCUCCUCCCUCCCUCUUAUACAACUGCCUUCUGACCCCUUCUACUCACUGGCCCUCACCCAAACGUCACCGUAUUACGGUCAUCUACACCAGUGGUCCCCAACCUUUCUAUCACGUCGGACCGGUCAGUACUUGACAAUUGGAACGUGGCCCGGGGGGUAUGACGUUGCCACUUUGACCCGUCAUAUAAGGCCUCUGCAUGUUUGUGUGCCCACUAAGACUCACAUACUCUUCUCCUCUCGACCGGUGCCCUAACGCUUUCUGACUCUGAUUGCCAUGGUAACGUUUAAACAUGCCUUCAAAAUUGCUUAUAGAUACAUCACAACACCGAAUAUAAAAGUGCAUGGAAAUUUGAACUCACCAUAUUGUUAAAUCGAUGUGAUCCCUGACCUUGUUUCUCUGUAACGAGAGAAAAUUUGGUCAUUUUUCAAAAUAAAAGAUCCGUCAGACUCAAAACAGAAAUAAUUAUUUAUUGUGCGGGCUGCUACCAAUUCAUCCCCAGACCGGUAGCGAUCUACACAACAUCGGUCUGACUGGUUCACCCUGGUUACCCCUUUAACAUUUAACUUAUUUUCAGUCUGAGUCCAUUCUGUACAUUAACUUUGAAACUCCUCACGACCUGGCACAUUCCCUCCCUCUAUCUCCCCUUCCUGCAGUAUAAAUCCAGAUUUAUGUCGCACAGAAAUGUAUACAUUCCGUGUAAACGCACACAAGCCGGUAUGUUCCGGAGCUAGUCGCAGCACAGCUGGACUCUUGGACGUUUCAUUGUGAAGCUAUUAAUGUAUCCCUUUAAAUACAGCACCUUCCUUCAACUGGUGUUUGUUCGUGAAUGUUCAUUCCUUGGUAGCCAUUGACAAGUGUGCUGUUUUUGUCACUCAUUAAUGUAAAGCAAGUAGUCGUCUCAUACUGCACGUUUGUCCGUUGUACAAAUACAUGUACUGGUGUCUCAAGUUUGGUCUCUGAGAACAUUUUAAUAAACAA